AUGCAGCGCCGCGAAGAGGCGAUUGUCAUCGCCCAAGGAGAAUACCUGCAACCCGACUUUGAGCCGUCGUCUCUCACGGUGGCCCAGCUCCUCGGCGUGUUUGGAUACCACAAUGUCAAGUACCCCUCGCAAUACACCAAACCAAAGCUCGUCCAGCUAUUCCACGAAGAGAUCAAGCCCAAGGCGAAGAAGUACACAAAGGAGCGCAUAAAGCGCGAGAACAGCCAGGCCAGUGAAGAUGGCAUUACCGAUGGAGUUACCGGACGACCAAUCAACGAGGUCAAGAAGCCCGUUAGACGAACUUCUAGACGACUUUCGAAGACCCCAGCAGCAGAGGAGCACGCCGAUGCCGAGGCCAGCGCCCCCCCUAAGCGCCGUCGCUCCUCCGCCGAACCCUCCCUGGGUGGGCCCUCAAAGAAGAGAUCCGUGAAGCCCACAGAACCUGUCGUUGUUGAGGAAAGCGAGCCGGAGGAGGCCCCCGCUCCUGUGGCCCGUAAGCCCGGCAGACCAAGGAAGACUGCUCCGGACGUAGCCCCUCAAACGAGACGUGUGUCUCGUCCGAUAACCGAAGAUCCCGAGUCCGGUUGGGAGGACAACAAUAUCUUCCAGUCCGGUGGAGAGUCCUCCCCGAUGCGCCCUUCGCCAGUGCGCCCCAAGGCGCGCAAGUCGCUCGCAGCUCGACCAGCGCCUAAGUCGCGCAAGUCGAUGUCCGCACCACCGGAAAUGUUGUCAUCUCCUUCGCCGCCGAAGAACAAAGGGAAGGAGCGAGAGCGACUCUCUUCCGUCAAACCUCCGGAGAGUAAAUUCGAACCGGACUUGCCUGCGGAGGUGUACAAGCAGAGGGAAGUUCCGGUGCAUCAGUCUCCCUUCCGUCAGCGACUCUUUGCACGCGAACUCUCCAUUGUGUCGGACGUGAAGGAGGUCGAAGAGCCACCCUCACAAGAGGAACCACCGGUAGCCGCCUUCGAUGAAGCUGACCACGCCCCCGCACACGACGAACUCGUCCAGUCCGAAGAUGGCGAAGUCUACUCUGACAAAGAACACGACUUGGACGACGAAAACGUAGCUGCGGUCUCACAACGAAUCGCAGAUGGCGGUGCGAUCGCCAAGUACGACGUUGCGGACGAAGCUCCUCGUCGGCAUUGGUUCCUCCGCUUCAUCUUUGCGCUAUUCGUCCUCUCAACAACCCCCGUCAUCUAUCAAUACAAGCAAGAAUCCUCGAGUAUCGGCUUCUGCGACACUGGAUCGAGCACAAACCCCGUUCUCGAUGGGCUACGAGCCCACAGGGCCGCGGUCUACAGCUGUAACGUCGAGAAUCGGACCACGCUAUGGCCUCAUCCCGGACCCGACGGCACCACCUCUGUUUUGAGCCCCAUUCCCACUGCGUCCGCCACGGGUGUCACUGGUGACUCGCAAUUGUCGGCCGCAACCGAAUCAGCAGUUGCAUGUCCUGCCCCACCCUUGGUACCCUUCGCUCAGCCCGACGAGUGCGCCCCCUGUCCUAAGCACGCUACCUGCACGCCCAACUCGGUGACUUGUGAAAACGGCUACAUCCUGCGCCCUCAUCCACUUCUGGCCGUCUUCCCCGUCCCGUACACCAACAAGGAGGCUCACAGCGCAUUGCAGACUUUCGAGCGGCCCUCCAACUUCGCAGCGGAGUCGGAUGUUUCUCGUAUCGUCUAUUCUGCGUUGUCUUAUGCGCUCGACGGUCUGCCCUACUUCGGCCCGGUGGCCGUUCCCCCUCGUUGUGUCGAGGAUCCGCGUCGCAAGCGACACAUCGGCGUCCUUGGCAAGGCCAUUGAGUCGAUUCUCGCUAAUGAGCGUGGUCGUAGGCUUUGUGAAGGCGUUGGUGUGGGCGUCCCCGAAGGAGACGACGCGGCCGAGGCACAACGUUGGGGCAUCGAAGUGGAGAAACUGCGCGAAAACAUCAAGGAAAAGACCGCCCCUAGCAUGUUAAACACGCUUGACGAUACCUUCAACGAAGCUGUGCAGCAACUCUUGCAGUGGGGCGGCGUAUUCAUGGGCGAAGACGCUACUGGCAAGCGCUAUCUAGCUCACAAGACUCCGGUCAUGAGCUGGGAGUGUUCGCUAAGGGUAAAGACAAGGCAAGCCUGGUCCGAGUGGCAACGGUCUAUCCUAGGGACCACGCUAUCUAUCCUCACUGUGAUAUACGCGCGGCAGCGUCAGGCACGCAAGGCCGUCGAUGACGAACGCGUCGCAUCCCUCGUUACCGUCGCACUGGAAUGUCUCCGCAACCAGGAGCUCGCACACCACACCGAUCCGGUCAUGGCCCCGCGCCCCUACCUGUCGUCGCUGCAGCUUCGCGAUCUUGUAUUACAGGACGUGCACUCCGUGGGCGAGCGCAAGCGGCUCUGGUCACGCGUCGAACGGAUCGUGGAAGGGAACGCGAACGUGCGAACGAACCUCGAAGAAGUCGAGGGCGGAGAUGAGCAGCGGGUAUGGAGGUGGGUCGGCAGCGCGGGAAGGACCCUCCCUCCCGGCACGCCUGGUGUGAAACGGCUCGAGUAUGAGUUCGAGGAGAGGGGGGAAGGGGGGCGGAUUGUCGCCUGAACUAUGUGUGAUCCCCACGCGGCUACGGUACUGAUGUCCUUUUUCGCUUGACGUGUUCUUCUCUCUUCUUCUCUCCGGCCGUACGUACGAACGCUCAUCGAUGCUGCUGAUGAUUUAUGAUGUUUUAGCAUGUGCUCUCCUCCGCCGCUUGUCGUGUCUUCUCGCCCGAACGCCCCUAUCCCCCGCUAUGCAACCCCCCUUCCGUUGUUUUAUAACUAUAUCUAUCGCUGUACUUCUAGGUCAUGACGUGAUCGAAGAGUCUACUACACCCUAUUACC